UCCACGGAAGUUACCUGACCUACUGAAUAUUUGCUGCAUGUUCCGUUUUAAUUCCGGAUUUCCGACAUUUUGCUUUUGUAGCAACGUUAAACUGCUUAUCCAUGAGCAGGGAUCAUAUACUGUCUUUAAUAGCUGAUCGUGCAUGUUGUAAAGCAACAGUAAAACAUUCAAAGAUAUCUGCAGCUGUGACAUCCCCACCCGCACGGAUCUCCCGCGUUUCACGCGCACGGCGCGGAGCGGAAGUGCGAGCGCGCGGAGACGAGGCUGUCUGGGCGAAGGUCCCGGGGCGCCGGGACGGAGGACAGGCGGGCGGCGUCUGCGGCAGUGGAUGGUCUGCUGCAAUACCAAUAAUGGGAAGGAAAGAUGCUAGUGCCUCUAAAAUUCCAAUCGAUCACUACCGGAAACAAAUUGGUAAACAAGAUUAUAAGAAAACCAAAUCAGUUUUAAAAGCAACAAGAUUGAAAGCAGAAGCAAAGAAAACAGCACCAGGAAUAAGGGAUGUGACCCUCAUCAUUGCAGCUAUAGUGAUUUUACUUGUGGCUAUCUACGGUUUCUUUUAUCUGAAACUCACCACAGAAGUUGAUCUUGAUCCAGACCUGGAUGAAAAUUAGCAAUGCAAUGGCUCUUUCAAGCAGACGUAAUCCUCUGUGAAACAUAAAUAAACAUCUGGGAUUUGCAGAUGAAUUUUGGACUACAAAGGAAAGCAUAUAUGACUUUUUGGGUUUCAUUUACCAAGAAUUACUUUUAACGAAUUCAGCAAAUUUAUCAGCCAAAUCAUGUGCUCACAGGCCUGCAUUUUAAAGUACUCAUUAACUUUUGAAAAUUCAGUUUGUUGCUUUGAGAAGCUGAGCAGUAUAUGGCAGGAAUGCCCCUGAUUCAGUCAGAGACCUGUACUGACAUAUUUUACAGUUGUCUGCAGUUGCUUUGCUGCAACGUACCUCGUCACUUCUAAGUUAGGGACAAAGAAAUAUUACUUCUUGCUGCUCAAUGUGCAUUUGUGGACAUUUAAGUAAGGAUGUGAUCAGGGUUGGUUACAAUAUCCCAUACUGACUUUUAGCUUAAAAAGGAGCCAAUGUUUGUAGAACAGGUACAAAAAUUAGCAGGGAAGGAAGGGAAAAUUUCUCUUUGAAAAAUAAUAAAUUUCAGUACUAAGACCAAGUUUGUAAAUAAGACACUUCUGUCUUAAGAUGCUCCAAACGAUAUACAAAGCUAUUAUACAGAAUCAGCCCAUGUGCAACAGCACCUUUAGCAUUUUUGAAAUGGAGAUGGGCAAGUGAAAGUAAUUAUGGCUAACAAUGAAAUCAAUAAAUAUGGUGCUAGCAACUCAGUAAUUUUGUAAGUUAGGUUUUAAAUGGGGAAGCAAUUAAUGAUUAUGGGAAUUACCUACUUCAAAUUUAUAGACAUGAAGUUAUAGUGGUAGAAUGACUAACAUAGUUGUCUCACAUAGCAUUAAUUCUAAUAGGAACAUCAGCACUAAGAUCACUUGUAAUUGUACAUAGGUUCAGGACAUGUUGAAAGAGCAGCACUACAACAGAUUUGCUAAUGGUAGCUUAUGUGAAGCAUUGUGUUUAUCUUAAAAAUAAUCUUGUCUAAUUUUUUUUUCUUCAUGACUCAAUCCUCUAAUAAGUAAAUGUAUUUUUUAAAUUUUUCAAACCUGCUGUCUGAUGGUUGAUGAAGAUAAUAUGAUAUUGAUAUUGGAGAAUGUAUUUCUUUUUAUGCUUUGGAAUAUUUACCAUCUUUAACCAUACUGUUAAUUCAAAGGCACUCUCUUAUUUGUCGAUUAAGAUAUGUGCAUUUGGUAUAUUAAGGUUUAUAAAGCUUAAUGUGCUUUGCCAAGCA